AUGCCCGCCACCGCGCGCGCGUCCGCGUCCGCACCGACCUCGAGGUCUCCCCGACCGUCGUCCUCGUCGACGACGCGCUCGAAGGUCGAUCGCGCGCCCGUGCUCACCAGACGUGACGUCGCCUCGGUCGCCCUCGCGUGCGCGUUCGCGCGAACGAUCGUUCGUCCCGACGUCGCGCUCGCGCUCGAGAGGGCGGACGAGGGAGCGAUUCGACGAGCGAUUCGAGCGUCGCUGGAGAGGGAAGUGCCGACGUCGAAGUGCCCAGCGGUGUUACGGUUGGUUUUCCACGACGCCGGGACGCACUCGGCGAGCGAGAAGGAUGGAGGGAUGAACGGGAGCGUGCGAUACGAGCUCAGCCGACCAGAGUCUUUCGGCCUGAAGCGAGGGCUCACUCCGGUGAAGAACGCGUACGACGGUCUGCAAGGUACCGCAGCGGAGGGUAAGGUAUCUUUCUCGGACAUGAUCGCGUGCGCUGGGGCGUACGCGGUGGAGAUCACCGGUGGACCUUCGUUUUUGGAGCGCGUCCCGAUCGGUCGCGUCGACGCGACGUCGGCCGAUCCAGAGAAUAGAAUGCCAGAGCAGACUCUGAGCGGAAAGGACAUGCGCGAGCACUUCGCGAGGAGUGGUAUAGAUACACGCGAUAUGGUCGCGCUCGCGGGCGCUCACACGAUAGGGGGAAAGGGAUUCGGUGACAUGUACACGUUCGAUAACGCCUACUACGUCACGCUCGUCGCCGAUCCGUGGCAUAAACCAAACAUGACCAAGGACGAGGCAUCUAUGGCCGAACACAUCGGUUUACCCAGUGACAAGUACAUGCGAGAAGAUGCGGAGAGCAUGCUUUGGAUUAAGAAGUACGCAGAGGAUCAGGAAGCCUUCUUUGAAGACUUUGUCGACGCGUACAUUCGGCUCACAAAGCUCGGAGCGACUUUCAGUACCGAGUAA